GCAAGAUCCUGAGCCCUUUAUGAGACUCGACUGGCGCAGUCUUGGGACCUUCAGCUCUUCAGGGCGCUGGCCGAUCAUCAUCCGACCCAGCGGCAAACGGCAGGCGAUCCGAGCAAUCCGCUCCUCUGGUAACAAAGAAUCUUGGUUCAGCCUGCUCAGUCAAGAACAAGAUUGAGGAGCCUUUUUCGAUAGGCAACACACGCUUGCUUUUGUCCCACCUGACAUCAUGAGAGCAACGUGUUCUAACAAAGGCUAGCAUUGCUUGCUAUAUCUCGCAUGUUUGGCGGUAGUCAUUGCUACACUCAGUCAUUGCGACACUCCUUGAUGCUACAGCUCCGUAUAGUGUCCACUGAGACACUUGGAUAAGUCGAUGAUAAGCUCCCUAUACCACGUGGGGAAAGGAGAUCGAGAUUGGGGCUUUUCGAGAACCAAGGUAGAGAGUCUGGAGUCAACAACCAUAUCACUCGACCAAGUGGCAUGACCUUUGGAUUGGGAUAUGGAUCGUCACUUUACAUGCAUUUGACUUGCUCCUCUAUGAACAUAUCGACGAACUCCCGGGUUUGUGAAUAUACCAUUCAAUACUGCCAACCCCGUCGCGCGACGGUAUCCUCACUUCUUCAUUCACGGUCUGGCCAGCGCCGACCAUUCCGCCUUUCCACCUCGUCACUACAACCUGGAUUGCACCUCCUUGUUCAGCCUUGUCAGUGGUUACAUGCAUGUUUGUUGCAAAAACCUCCUAAAUCCUUUGUUCAGAGGAUUGUACCAUCAACACUACACAAGCCUUUAUCACCACCCUCACCCGCAUCCUUAGUCGAGCUCUCUAGUAUACCGCCGGCGCCCCAAAGGUCCUUGCUUCUAUCCUCCUUCAACCACGAUCACCGGACCGCAGUCAUGGGCCGAAGACGUACACGACCGGAGUUGGUCGACCUCCUCACCGAUAGCGAUGAAGAAACCCUCAACCAGCCUUCGACCUCUCUCAGUCAAGUACAAAAACAAGUUCUACAAGCGGAGCGCAGUGAUGACCACAUCAAAAUGCACAACUGGCUCCUUAAACCACUCUCUACUUAUACCAAAGGUCGGGUGCAUCGCUUCACGGAUCUCGAGAAUGGAAUCAAUAAAGAGCACUACAUUCCGGAUGACCAACUCGAAUGUCGUGGGUGCAGCAUUGAGCCAUUUGAACUGAAACCCGAUAUGAAGGAGGUCACGGACAAGAAGAAGAAUACAGGGCGGCCGACGCUAGGAGCAGAUCCGAAGAUUCAAGCGAGAAAUGCUGACGCGCAGGGUGGUGACAGGAAUGGUUCUAAGCUUCUCGAUGCAGAUGGCCCUGGGGCCACCACCGCCUCUGAUAAGGGCAAGAGCAACGAUCGGCCUCGUCGUCAGAAGGUCUUGGACCUCAUCGAAUACGAAGGCAGUACCGCAAGUCACACCGAAGCUGGAAGCGACAACGAAGAGGUCCAGAUAAUUCCUGGCCCUUCUCAGCAAACACCUUCGCACUUGCGUUCGCAACCCGGUCGAGAUCGCAAAGGGAAACAACGGGAACGGCUCACUGAAAUUGACCUCUCACAGCUCUCUGACGAUGAUGAUGCACCAAGUCCUCUGUCCCGCUCCGGCCGAGCUAUCAGCCUCAUCGGAGAUGCCAAUGAGCUUGAUGAUGAAGACUACAGAAGAGCGGUUGCGUUGUCUUUACAAGAUGCGGCAGUCUUGGAUGCUGGCAAAAGUACCCCAAGCGGCAGCAACAGCAAUGAGGGAUCUGACGAUGAAGAUCUGAAGAGAGCCAUUGCCCUAUCUCUGAAGGACGCAGAAAACGAGAAAGAGAGAGCACUUUCAGGUAAAGACAGUGCCAGACCAAUCGAGCUGCAGCGACACCAGGACAGCGAUACCACGCUAUCUCGUUCACCGCCAGAGACGAUCCCUUCAGACAGCCUACCUGCAGCAAAUACACAGGCGGCUCCGCUGGCCCCAUCGCUUCCGACCGUGCCUCACACUCAGUCGUCGGGUACCACAAGCUCCUCAGCCUUCAACAUCUUUGGUCUCAACCGCAAACAAAUGGAAGAAGAGCGCCUGGCCAGACUCAAGCGCAAGCAUGAUGGCGACAGUGGCAAUGGCCAAACCUCCAAAGCACUCCGUCUUGAUGCGUCAGGAUCCCUGUCUCAGAGCACGAGAAUCUCACCACCACCUCUUCAGCGCCAGAUUCGCCAACUUCCGACCUCAAUCCCAUCGUCGGGACCAUCUCGACGACCUACCUCUCAGCAACGCCGCAAUAUCUCUCCACCGCUCGCCACCUCUGCUGCUAGCAGCCGCAGCGCCCAACAAGGGGAGACCGCAACAGCAAUCCCCACCACGUCCUCCGCAUCCUCGACGCUCCCUCUUUUCCCUCGCGGGAAAGUCUAUAAAACCGCCCUUUCCAAAUCUGAUACCGACACCAACACCAUCUCCUUCCCGUCCCUCCUCGGGCCGACCACAGCCCUCGAAUCCGCUCUCCUGUCCUCCUUCAUUUGGGACUUCGACUGGCUGUUCCCUCACUUCGACACCAAGAGCACAAAAUUCCAAUUGGUCAUGCACGGAAAAUCCCCCGCGCAGCGCGAUGCCAUCAAAUCCGAUUUUCAAGGCGUGAAUAACGUGCGCAUCUGCUUUCCCCCGAUGGACGGGAUCGUGAACUGCAUGCACAGCAAACUCAUGCUACUCUUCUACAAAGCUCAGGACGGUGCAGAAAGUUGGUCACGACGAUGCCGGCUCGUCAUUCCCACGGCGAAUCUGGUCGGUUUCGACUGGGGCGUUGGCUCGUUUAUGGAAAACAGCGUGUUUCUGAUUGACCUGCCGGCAAAGGCAGACAGGGAUACAAACAAAGACACAUCAAUAGUAUCAGGGGAGGCUGCAAAGGGCAUGGAUGUCACAUCGAACGCACGAGACGGUAGAGCGACGGCGACAAAGGUCAAUUCCAGCAGCACCUCCUCAGAAACGCCGAAAGAGAGUCCGUCACCAGUAGCGAUAUCGACAAGUGUAAAAUUUCCAGUCAUCGCUGGAUUCUCGAACAACGACAAAAGCACUUCAUCAAUCAUGGGAACAGGGCAAGGCACAGAAACGGAAUUUGAAAGAUCAUUGAGAGCGUUCUUGACUGCGCAGACGAUCCCAGCGGACGUUCUCUUGAAACUCUCGGGCUUCGACUUCAGCCAGACGGAUCACCUAGGAUUCGUCCACACGAUCGGUGGCAUGCACAUGGAUCAAACCCGCACCACGACAGGACUCUACGGUCUCAGUCGUACCGUCACCCACCUCGGCCUUGCAACCCAGCGCCCAAUUGAAAUGGACUACGUAACGUCCUCCCUGGGCAAUUUGAAUGAUGAGUUCAUGACCUGCAUGUACCGUGCAGCACAAGGCGACCUCUCGUCCUCUGACAGCCCGCCGUGCCCUCGUGCGGCGAAAAAGACAUCAGCAAGCCGACACAAUCAAGCAGAAGAUCGACGACAAGAACGACAACGAGAGUGGUGGAAGAACAGCCUCCGAAUCUACUAUCCCAGCGAUACGACGGUGCGCAGAUCCAAGGGUGGUGCACGCAACGCGGGAACGAUUUGUUUCUCGAGUAAGUGGUGGGGUCAGGGGACGUUUCCUCGAUCGAAUAUGCGCGACUGCGUUAGCGUUCGAGAGGGGAUGUUGAUGCACAACAAACUUCUUUACGUCAGACCUGCAUGUGCGUCUGCAUCUGCAUCAGAUGCUAACGACGAGUCGUCUUCGCAUCGAUCAUGGGUGUAUGUGGGGAGUGCGAAUCUGUCUGAGAGUGCUUGGGGUAAGCUCGUUCAAGACAAGUCGACCAAACGGCCCAAGUUGAAUUGCCGUAACUGGGAAUGUGGUGUUGUCAUUCCGGUUUCUACGGGUACAUCCGACUGCGAAGUUGUCGACGAUAAGGGAAAGCACGAAAGCGGUGUUAGUCAUACUGAUCUUGCUGUGUUCGAGAAAAUCGUCCCCAUUCCAAUGACGCUUCCUGGCGAGAGUCUCGUGGAGAAGGGAAAGAAGCCUUGGACCUUGUUCGACUGAUGAGCAGAGAUCAACCACUUCUAGAGCCUUUCGAUCGGCUGUUGAUGCCGUGCUGGUGGAUAGACCUGGGAGGUGACCGGUGAGCACCCCGGUACAACCCAUGGUGUCGGCUGUUUAGCUAUACUGCGAUCGCAUUUCUUAUCCGUAGCCAGAGUUUCCCUCGGGAUCGCGGACGCUCAUCCUAGCUCGACUUUGGGAAGCUUUGAAGAAGUCAGAUUAUGGAAAGAGCUUUCUGAUCUUGCAGCACUCGGGAUUGACUUUGGGUCAGACCGAGAUUUGGCAUGAAAGACGCCCGCGGAAAGCCCCUGAAGGUGUUUAUAACGCAAAAGGUUUGGUAUGCCGACUGGUUGCAGGAGCAUUGAUGAGGACGGAAAAAACCAAUAGUAUUGUUACAUUCUGAGCGUUGUUGGGGCCGACUUGCCGCCUCUGCAUACCUUUCUAGUACGCAGUAGGAGAGCCGCGCUCACAUGCCGAUCAAUGAUCGAG